AUGAAGUGCUUCUUCUGUCAGUACAGGUAUUGUGGACUUUGGUGUAUACACCCAAAAACUGCAUCGAUUCUACAAUGCGGAUAUUUUAUUUGGAAAAUAUCGAUAUUUGCGAUUUUGUACGUAUUCGCGAUUACGCUCUUCGCAUAUGUCUGCUCGAAUAUAGACAAUAUGUCAGCUGCUACUGACAGUGGUUGUAUUUGUGCUGGAAUGGCGGUUGUAAUUUUCAAAGCGAUGAUUUAUCAGUUUAACCGCGAGUUCAUAAAGCGAUUAAUAAUAGAAGUAUUAAAGUGCGCCGAUGAUCUCGUCGAAGAUAUCGUCAAAAGGCAUUACCUAUUCAACAGAACGAUAGUGUAUGGAUUUAACUUAUUAGGGUCUGGCUUAGUAAUAGCUCUAUUACUUUUUUCGCCGAUGGAGGAUGGUUUACCUAUCAGAGCAAAGUAUCCCUUCAACACAACGAUACCACCUUGGCACGCGAUUGCUCUUACCAUAGAAGUUGUUGCCGUUUCUGGCGGUGUACUAGCGAUACUUUCCGUCGAAAGUAUUACGCUGCUAAUCAGUAAUUUAAUCACUAUGCAAUUUGAUGUUUUGAACGUAAAUUUUGAGAAUUGUGGGAGACAAGCAGUGAACGAUACUAACAGAGUUUACAAAGAACGGAGCAUCGAAAGAGAACCGAGCUAUACUUUCUUGAGUCGUUACAAGACCUGCCUCCGAUUCCAUCAGCGAUUGAUGUCUAUGGCCAGUGAUUACAAUAAAAUCUAUAGCUUGAGUGUACUCUUUCAGAUGUGCUCGAGCACCUCGAUUAUUUGCUUGACUGGUUUCCAGGCUGUCGUGGUCGGAGGGCAGAACUCGGACAUUAUAAAGUUCGGGGUAUAUCUGAGCGCCGCCAUAUCUCAGCUCUUCUACAUCUGUUGGGUGGGAAAUGAACUGACCUAUUCGUGCUCCGUGCUAGACAGAAGUCAAUGGCUCUCGAAUUGGCAUCAAGAGAAUUUUCGUGAUAUCGUACAAGUGUUCACAUCAUCGACGAUGUUUGUAAGACACUCUAUAUAUCUGAAAGCUGGUCCAUUCUAUGUGCUGUCUUUGCAAACAUUUAUGGCGCAGGCGAACGGAGAACCUAAAGGGUAA